AUGCCAAACUCAUCGGUUAUGCAGCAGCCGCAAAACACUGUGAUAAAUACAUUUUCUAAUCAGUGGAGUACUGGGAUUUGUGAUUGUUUUGACAACAUUCCAGAAUGUUGCUAUGCGUUCUGGUGUAUGCCCUGUUACGCCUGUAUGAUAUCAGAGAAACACGGAGAGUGUUUGUGCUUACCUCUACUUGAUGGAUUCGGUCUUUUCCCACCUGCCACAAUGGCUAUGAGAGUGAGAAUGCGCUACCUCUAUGGCAUCGAGGGUUCCAUCUGCAAUGACUGCGUAUACUCCCUCUUCUGUUGCGCCUGUGUUUGGUGCCAAAUGUCCCGAGAGCGGCAGAUUCGCGAGGAGGGAGUCACUCUCGUCAGCCAACGACAGACGAACCUCACAGCACGGGGUAAGAAACCGCUGCGUCGUCUGGUAGAGGGAGCACGGAUGCUCCGGGACCUCCCACCGGAGAGCAGGACGGUGAAGCGGAUGCGGGAAAGGAUGGGUGGGGGGUGGGAUCCCCCACGCUGCUGA